CCAAAAUCUUCCAAUUUCUGCUGCUACCCGUUUUCUCUUUCUACGUUCAGAAAUCAUCCAUUUUCAAGAUUACAAACCCAAAACUUGAUCAUGACAAUGCAACAGGAUCACCAAUCAAAGAUCUUCUACGAUCUAUCAAAUCUCAUCCUAAACCUUCUACGAUAUCCUCCAACAACGAUCUCUUUAUCGGAUCAUCGCCAGAUCGUUAGAAGACCUCCACCAACGUUACCCCCGAUUUCCCCCGCUGGGUUCGCGUCUAUGAUGCUUGGAAUGUCUUUGGCCUUGAUGUUAUGUGGGUCGAUUACGUUUUUCAUUGGUUUCCUUUUGAUGCCUUGGGUGAUCGGAUUGAUUAUGUUUUUAUAUCUUGUUGGAGUUGUUUCUACUUUUUCAAUGCUUGGAAGGGCUAUUUUUUGUCACACUAUCACUGAUCCUCCUUCGUCUUCGACUAAAGAUGUUCCUGCUUGGAAGCUAUUGUGAGUUGGGUUUGGACCUUGCUCAAUUUGCAGCUUGGAAGUUCUCGUGAAUGGUUCUGGACCGUAAUCACGACCUACCUCGUGUUUCAGCAGGACUCUCGAGUUGCGUCGUGCGUACAUGAAAAGAAAACGGAAGUAGUAGCAGUAAUAUAUAUUUUUUUUUUGGAAAUUAUUAUUGAAACAUAUGGUGGGAUAUAAUAUUUGAUGUAUAGCUCCUCUUGUGUUUCCCUUCAUUUGCAAAAGAACAAAAAAAAGAAGAGGAAAUCUCCUCCUUGUUUGUAUUCACUCUUAUUGAAUAAGAUCUUGAAAAACACAUACAACUAUUUCAUUU